AUGUCGACGCUCGUGAUUGCUGAGCACAACCAGUCGCAAAUCUCGAGCGGAACGCUGUCGACAGUCACCGCAGCGUCCCAAAUGGGCGGUGACAUUACGCUGUUGGUCCUGGGCAGCCAAGCGGGUCCAGCUGCUGAAGCGGCUGCGAAGAUUCCAGGCGUGAAGAACGUGCUGCACGCUGCUGAUCCCAAGUACGACCACUCGCUGGCCGAAGAGGUGGCGGAGCUGCUGGUUGCUACUCAGAAGGCAGAGAACUACACGCACGUCCUGGCCCCGAGCUCGAAUGCGUCCAAGAACUACCUCCCUCGAGCCGGCGCGAAGCUCGACGUGGCCCCCAUUUCGGACAUUGUGGCUGUGAUCGACAAGGACACGUUCAUCCGUCCUACGUACGCGGGCAAUGCCAUUGCUCAGAUCAAGAGCAACGACGCCUUGAAGCUCAUGACCGUGCGGCCAACGGGCUUUGAACAAGCAGCAAGUGAAGGGGGCAACGCGUCGGUGAAUCCGUGUAUGGAAGUGCCGACAGUCGGCAAGACGCGCUUUGUCUCGGAGGAAGUGAACAAGUCGGAACGCCCGGACCUGGCCUCGGCUCGUGUGAUUGUCUCGGGUGGCCGCGGCCUCAAGAACGGCGAGAACUUUGAGCUGCUGUACAAGCUAGCGGACAAACUGGGCGGUGCCGUAGGUGCGUCCCGCGCGGCUGUGGAUGCCGGUUUUGUGCCCAACGAGUUGCAAGUCGGCCAGACCGGCAAAGUCGUGGCUCCGGACCUGUACGUGGCUGCUGGUAUCUCGGGUGCCAUUCAGCACUUGGCUGGUAUGAAGGACAGCAAGACCAUUGUGGCCAUCAACAAGGACGAGGAAGCUCCGAUCUUCCAAGUGGCAGACUAUGGUCUCGUGGACGAUCUCUUCAAGGCCGUACCUGAGCUCACGGAGAAGAUUUAA